AUGGCCCAAUACGCACCCUACACAGCAUCUCCGGAAUGGCACCCCGCCCUCGCAAACCAGCAUCGCAGCAACAUCCUCUCCCACUCCAAGCGAAAAGCCGAAGAGGACUUUGAGUCCCAGUCACACAUCUCCUCGCACUUCAAGAAACUCCGCCUGAACCAGAACCAGAACCAGAACCAUGUGAACCAGCCGACGCAUGCGACUGCGCACUCGCAGACAUACACACCACAGCAUUCCUACCCAACUCCAGCGGUGCCUUCAUUGCCGUCCUCGACGUAUAGUCUACACCAUGCGCAGCCGACUUCCCCGACGGUCUCCUUCCGCCCUCACAUCGCCAACACCGACGCUCGACCGGCCCUUGCAGUCGCGCCACCACCAGAACCCCCUGCCCUCGAUCGAGACAUCCAUACCCAUGACUUCGCUUUCCCCCCAAGUGCACCUCAUGCAACACGCUCUCCCGCGAUCGAGACCAUCAAGCCCCCAACUCUCGCGGACACGGACUUCAUGACCAUCGACGAAACCCCCCACAGGGUAAUAAUCCACGACCUGUCCUCCGAAAUCGCACAGAUCGAAGCAGAAGAAGCGGCUCACAACGCCACUCUCUUCCUCCCGGACAUCGAUAAGAAGGUCUCAACCCUACCCCACCAUUUAUUACAGCAAGGGCAGAACCACGACCGGCACGGCUCACUAGGAAUGGGGAUGGAUCUAGGUCAGCCGCCGACCGAGAAUCUUAACACCGCGCUGGUCCUAUACAGAGACCCGAGCAGCAUCUCCGUGCCGGAGGAGGAGGACGUUGUGCGGAAGGCGAUCAUCGAAGCCAGAAGGCGGGCGAGGGAAAAAGCGGCGGAGGAGCAACGCGAGAGGGAGCGGCACGCGCGCGAAGCGGAAACUAGGGCCCUCCAGGAACACUGGGACGACGGCGGCAUGGUCGAUCACUCGUUCCAAGACGCGGGAGCGGUCCACGAGGUCCCAAUGGAUUCUGAUUCGGACCCGGACCCGGACGCCAUGGACAUAGAGUGA